AUGUCAGAGAUCACCCCCGUCAACCCGAAACCGUUUCUACGCUCGCUCGUGAACGAGCGUGUUGUCGUGAAGUUGAAGUUCAACGACACAACGUACAGGGGCACGCUGCUCUCCACAGACAACUACUUUAACUUGCAACUCGCAGACGCAGAGGAGAUCAUCGGCAGCACAAACAGGGGAACAGUCGGCGAGAUCUUCAUCCGCUGCAACAACGUCCUCUGGAUCGGCACGGAUCAGGACCAGCCGUCGCCCAAGACAGCUUGA